GGAGGAACUGUUGGUUUUUAAUUUUUAAUGUCACGUUUUUCAAAAUUAUUUUGAACUUCAUUGAACUUCAUUAAAAUAAAUGCUUUUGUUCCAAAAAAGUUUAAAACGUGUCUACCUCCGUGUCAUUAUCUUUGCUCCAAAUCUAAGCUCCGCCCAAAAACUACCCGAGGGUAAAAUCAGAAAUUCAAAACCAACAAUUCAAUUCUUCCUAUUGUGGAGUUUCAUUGAAAAACCAAACGGCGUGUUAGAUGAUCAUUCAAGAUGGCCGCAGAGCUUGUUCAGCUUAAUCCCGGACAACAGGUUGAGAGAUGGAGUAUCGAGAAGAAGUUGGGAGAAGGAGGAUUCGGUGCUGUCUACCGUGUAUUCGAUGCAACCGGAAAAUAUGCGAUGAAAGUGGAAGGAGCCAAUGAGCAAAUUCAGGUUUUGAAACUGGAAGUUUCCGUUCUCAACAAGCUCUCCAAACGUGGAAACCGUCAUUUUUGCAAGAUCGAGGACAAGGGACGCUUUGGAAACUUCAAUUACGUCGUGAUGACGCUUGUCGGAAAGUCUCUCCAAGACCUGAACAAAGCAGGUGUCGGUGGCCAUAUGUCGAUGGGUUGCUCGAUUGGAAUAGGCAUUCAAUCUCUGGAGGCACUGGAGGAUCUUCACAACAUUGGUUACCUCCAUCGUGACGUCAAACCCGGAAACUACACGAUUGGACGUCCCGAGCUGAACGAGAUCCGCAAGGUGUACAUUUUGGAUUUUGGAAUGUGCAGAAAGUUCACUGGAAAUGAUGGAACCAUUAGAAAGCCACGCCAAGCUGCUGGUUUCCGGGGAACUGUCAAAUACGCUCCAAUCAGUUGCCAUCUUCAGAGAGAACUUUGCCGCAAGGACGACUUGGAGACUUGGAUGUACAUGCAGGUCGAAUUGUCGCACGGAACAAUUCCUUGGCAAUAUAUUUCCGAUAUGAACCAAGUUGGACAGGCCAAGCAAGCGAUCCGCAACAAUCUGGGCUCCCUGUUCCCACCGCCAUGCCCACAUCAAUUCCAGGACAUCAUGCGUAUGGUUGAUGCAAUGAAAUACUAUGAUGCACCCAACUAUCAAGCAAUCUACGGAAUGAUGCGUCAAGCUUAUGGUGCAUGUGGAUCCAACGAGAAUGCUCCGUACGAUUGGGAAAAUGGAGGUCCAGCUGCCUACUUGCUCCACUAGAAGAAAUAGACUUGAAAUAUAACUGACUACCUUUCUUUGUAUUGAAUUGAAGUGAAAUGAUUUUGAUGAAAUGGUUUUGUCUUG